CAUCUAUCAAGCUCUACCAAUCCUUUACGUUUUGACUAUGGAGUGGCAACUCCCCUCCUUCAGUGCCCUUUCAACCUUCCUACUCUUCAUGACCUUUCUUCUACUUAAAAUUUUCAAGGAACCGAAAACAAAUCACAACUCAGGUAGAAAUCCUCCUCCCGGACCAAAGGCAUUGGGCAUCAUUGGAAACCUUCACCAGCUGGGGGGUGGACCUUCACUCCUUAUUCGCCUCAGAGAGUUGGCCGAGAGGUAUGGACCGAUCAUGCUGCUCCAGGUUGGUGAAGUGCCCACCAUUAUUAUAUCAUCACCAGAAUUAGCACAAGAAGUGAUGAAAACCCAUGAGAGCUGUUUUGAUGAAAGGCCCCCUUUCUUUGCUGGAAAUGUCUACUUUUACGGCAAUCGAGACCUUAUAUUUGCACCAUACGGAGAUUAUUGGAAACAGCUGCGAAAAAUUGUCACGAUGGAGGUUCUUAGUCCUAUACGUGUGCGUACUUUCAGAGCAACAAGGGAAGAAGAGGUAGCGAGUCUUAUAAGAACCAUUUCUUCCCAGCAAGGAUCGGCCAUUAACCUCAGUCAGAUAUUGUUUUCUUUCACAUAUAGCAUAAUUUCAAGGAUAAGCGUUGGAAGGAAUAGCAAAAACCAAAAAGAAUUCGCAACCAUCGUCAAAGAUUUCUCAACAAUUUCCAAAGAAUUGUCCCUAGCAGCAGGAGGUGCCAAUGUGGUUGAUCUGUACCCAUCCCAAAAGCUCCUUCACAUGUUUAGUUGGAGGAAGUUUAGGCUCGGGAGGGAGCAUAAAAAAGCAAAUAAAAUUCUUGAAAGGCUGAUGAAGGAGCGCAAAGCCAGCAAGAGAGACAAAGAGAUUGCUGAAAAUGAAGUGGAGGAUCUUCUUGAUGUUCUCUUAAAUCUCCAACUCACUGUAGGCUUGGACUCCCCCUUAACUGAUGAAUGCGUCAAAGCACUCCUCCUGGAUAUGUUCGCUGGUGGAGGUGAUACAACGUUAACAGUUCUAGAAUGGGCAAUGUCAGAACUCAUGAAAAAUCCAAGAGUCAGGGAAAAAGCACAAAAAGAAGUGAGAGCACUUUUCAAUGAUGUCGGGUACAUUGAUGAAUCAAACGUUCAUGAAUUACAGUUCUUGAACUUAACUCUCAAGGAAACUCUAAGAUUACACCCACCCUUGUGCGUAUAUCCAAGAGAAUGUAAGGUGAGCUGCAAGGUUGCUGGAUAUGACUUAGAAGCUAAAACUAGAGUUCUCAUCAAUGCCUGGAUGAUAGGGAGGGAUCCCAAGUACUGGACUGAACCUGAGAAAUUCUACCCAGAGAGAUUCUUAGAUUGUUCAACUGAUUACAAAGGUGCUAAUUUCGAGUUUCUCCCAUUUGGUUCUGGAAAAAGGAUUUGCCCAGGAAUGGCGUUUGGUAUUGCUACUGUCGAGUUGCCGCUAGCAAGAUUGUUAUUACAUUUUGACUGGAAAAUUCCUAAUGGAAUCAAGCCUGAAGAUUUUGACAUGAGCGAGAUUGUUAGUGCGUCAGUCACAAGAAAAAACGAUAUUGUCUUAAUUCCAGUUACAUGCUAUGAUCCUCCCGUCAAGGGUUAAAAGGUUAAUUUUAGCCUUCAUUCUAUCAUGAAUAAAGAAAGUGUGGCAAGGAUUCAUCUGCUGAACACUUGUUCUUGAAUUAA